AGGAGCCGGAAGUGUCAGUCUCCCGGGUGAUGCUGCCUGGUCACCUGGAGGGCUGUGCACUCCCGGGGCUGCAUUCGUUACCUGAGCUCCAAGGGACAAGCAGUUCAGCCCUUCUCUGUGCUGGCUGGGUUUGCUUGUAUUUGUUCCUAGUCACCGCUCAUGUAAUGCACUCCCUUAACCAGGAAAUUAAAGCAUUCUCCCGGAAUAAUCUCAGGAAGCAAUGCACCAGGGUGACAACGCUAACUGGAAAGAAAAUUAUAGAAACGUGGAAAGAUGCCAGAAUUCAUGUUGUGGAAGAAGUAGAGCCGAGCAGUGGGGGUGGUUGUGGUUAUGUGCAGGAUCUUAGCUUGGACCUGCAAGUUGGCGUUAUUAAGCCAUGGUUGCUCCUGGGGUCACAAGAUGCUGCUCAUGACCUGGAUACACUGAAAAAGCACAAGGUGACUCAUAUUCUCAAUGUUGCAUAUGGAGUUGAAAAUGCUUUCCUCAGUGACUUUAUAUAUAAGAGCAUUUCUAUACUGGAUCUGCCCGAAACCAAUAUCCUGUCUUAUUUUCCAGAAUGUUUUGAAUUUAUUGAACAAGCAAAAAUGAAGGAUGGAGUGGUUCUAGUCCAUUGCAAUGCAGGGGUUUCCAGGGCAGCUGCAAUUGUGAUAGGCUUCCUGAUGAAUUCUGAAGAAAUCUCAUUUGCCACUGCUCUUUCUUUGGUGAAAAAUGCAAGGCCUUCCAUAUGUCCAAAUGCUGGCUUCAUGGAACAGCUCCGUACAUACCAAGAGGGCAAAGAAAGCAAUAAGUCUGACAAAAUACAGGAAUUAGAAGGAGACAACAGUUCAUGAGUUACAUUCUAGCAGAUGAUGGACAACUAGUUUCUGAAUUGGCUUCUAUAACCACCUUUCCCCUUUUUGUAGACUAAUAAAAACUUCCUUUUCUCU